GCGCGUCGACCGGUCGUGUUUUUAUAUCUGUCAUUUACAUACGAGUAACGUAGAAAAAUGCUUAAACUAGUAAGAGGAAUACGGCGGUUGAAUGCCCAAAGCCGGCAGCUGAGCCACGCGACUGUUGUGGGCAGCGAGCCGAACAGAAGUGAUCCGUAUUACCAAGAGAACAAGACCAAAAUGGACGAGUUGGUCGAGGAACUCCGACAGAAAACUGGUGAAGCGAUCAAAGGCGGCACAGAGGAAGCGGUAAAGAGGCACACGGCGAGAGGAAAACUGCUCGUGCGCGACAGGAUUAACCGGUUGGUAGAUGAAGGCAGCGACGUUUUGGAACUGAGCACGCUGGCUGCCACCGACAUGUACAAGGGCCAGUUACCGAGUGCCGGCAUCGUCACCGCUAUCGGUAAAGUUCACGGCCGCGAUUGCAUGAUAGUGGCCAACGACGCCACUGUUAAAGCCGGCACCUAUUUCCCUAUGACCGUCAAGAAACAUUUAAGAGCUCAAGAGAUUGCCCAAGAAUGCAAAUUACCUUGCAUUUAUUUGGUAGAUUCCGGCGGCGCUCACUUGCCGGAUCAAGCCGACGUGUUCCCUGACAAACAGCAUUUCGGAAGAAUAUUUUUCAAUCAAGCCAAUAUGUCUUCUGAAGGUAUACCGCAAAUAUCCGUCGUAAUGGGAUCUUGUACGGCAGGUGGAGCAUACAUUCCUAGUAUGUCUGACGAAAGCAUUAUUAUUAAAAAUCAGGGAACUAUUUUCUUGGCUGGACCUCCUUUAGUAAAAGCGGCAACGGGAGAGUCGGUUUCAGCAGAAGAUUUAGGCGGAGCUGACUUACAUUGCCGUCAGUCAGGUGUAACAGAUCAUUACGCACAAGACGACGAACAUGCACUUCAUCUCGCCAGGAAUAUUGUAGCCAAUUUAAAUUGGAAUAAUGAUCAGAAGACUAGAAUUCAUACUGCUAAAAUAGACGAACCACUACAUGAUAUUGAAGAUCUUCAUGGAAUUGUUGGUGCUAAUAUACAAAGACCUUUCGACAUAAGAGAAGUCAUCGCAAGAAUAGUAGACGGCAGUAGAUUCCAUGAAUUCAAGCAGCUGUAUGGGGAUACUCUAGUCUGUGGGUUUGCUAGUCUUUAUGGUCAUCCAGUUGGAGUUAUAGGGAAUAAUGGUGUCUUACAUUCUGAAUCAGCAUUGAAAGGAUCUCAUUUUAUUCAACUUUGCGCAGCAAGGAAGAUCCCAUUGUUGUUUUUACAAAAUAUAACGGGUUUUAUGGUUGGUAGGGAUGCCGAAGCGGGUGGUAUUGCCAAAAAUGGAGCUAAGAUGGUCACAGCUGUGAGCUGCUUCAAGGGUCCAAAGAUCACGGUUGUUGUUGGCGGUAGUUUUGGAGCUGGUAACUAUGGAAUGUGCGGUCGAGCCUAUUCUCCUAGCUUCAUGUACAUGUGGCCUAAUGCCAGGAUAUCUGUUAUGGGUGGGCCACAAGCAGCCACAGUAUUGUCGUUAGUAGCUAAAGAUAAAGCACUAAGGGAUGGGAAAACUUGGACUGAUGAAGAGGAAAAGAAAAUAAGGGAGCCUUUAGAACUGAAGUUCGAAAAGGAAGGUCGUCCCUAUUAUAGCACAGCAAGACUUUGGGACGAUGGAGUGGUUGCUCCUAAAGAUACGAGGAAAGUUAUAGGACUUAGUUUAUCUGCAGCACUGAAUGCUCCGUUCAGGGACAGUAAAUUUGGUGUGUUCAGAAUGUAAUAAGAAUGUGAUAAGAUAAAAUGAGACAUUAAUAUUGUGUGUGUGGGGUGAUGAAGUAAUUUCAACUAUGAAGCUGUUUUGAUAAGGACAACGAUUUGUUUGUUAAAUUAUUGUGAUAUCUUAUCUUUGGUGGAUAGCGUUGUUACUAAUAUACGUUUUGAUUUCAUUUGACGUAAUGUGACGUAAUAAGUUAAAGAAAUUGUUUGCGAAGAAAACUUUUACUAUUUAUGCUUGUUACUUAGGUGUAUAAUUUUUGAUAUUUUUACAAUCUAAGCUAAUAUUAAAGCAGUUACGAUUAUUGUUA